CUCGAUGGCGGAUAAUAAUAGUGUCGUUAAUCUCGAAGCAACCCUUCGCACGAAAUUCGAAUGUCCAGUGUGUUUUAAAUAUAUGAUACCGCCUAUUAGACUCUGCCUCUCAGGACACAUCUAUUGCGACUAUUGCUUCGAAAAAAUAAGGAAAUGCGCCCUAUGUAGGGCCAACAAAAGCGCCUAUCGAUGUAUUGUAUUAGAGCAAAUAUACGCCAUGCUGACGUUUCCCUGUAAAUACGCAGAACACGGAUGCAACUUUGUAGGAAAAGGAGACAUUAUGACAACGCAUCAAGAUUAUUGUGAAUAUUCUUCUGCAUUUUGUCCUUUGAGAUUUAACAGGUGCCAGUGGAAAGGAAUGAGAUCUGAAAUGGUGACGCACUGCAACGAUAUACACGCUGACAACACAUUUUUCGUAACGGAACAGAAACUCAAAGUCACGAAUUUCUGCAAUUUAAUGGACAGGAACUAUUUUAUAAUUUUCUACGUUUACGACAACCUGUUCAGGUGUGUAUGGGAUAUUAAACAGGACACCGGCGUGAUGAGAUUCGCGGUGUAUUCUUUGUGCUUGCAAAACUCCGAUAAAUUGUUUUCGUACAGAAUUUCUGUAUUAUUUGAAGGCGCGGAUGUUAUAAGUUUAGAAGGGCCUUGUUUUCACAUGAAUGACGAUAACAUGAGAUUUCUAGAUAAGAAAUAUUUGUCGACUAAUUACAACAUGAUCAGGGAUUUUUGCGACACAAACGGUGAUAUAAAUUAUACAAUUAAUAUUAUUAAAAAAUAA